UGGCCAACGGCAAGUGCUGAUUCGACCGCCAUAUCACCAUCUUCUCACCCGAAGGAAGGCUCUACAAGUCGAGUAUGCAUUCAAGGCGGUAAAUCAGGGCGCACUACUCACUCGGUGUUCGUGUGCCGACUCAGCAGUGGUCAUCACUCAGAAGAAAGUGCGGACAAGCUGUUGGAUCCCGACAGUGUCAGUCACCUGUUCAAGAUCACUGAUCAUGUCGGCUGUGGGGUGACUGGAAUGAUCGCGGACAGUCGUGCUCAGGUCCAGCGAGCCAGAGCCGAGGCUGCAGAGUUCCAAUACCGCUAUGGCUACGAGAUACCAGUCGACACUCUGUGCAAGAGGAUGGCAGACAUCUCCCAGGUCUACACCCAGAACGCCAACAUGAGACCACUCGGUUGCUGCAUGGUAUUGAUUGCCGUUGACGAGGAGCGAGGGCCUCAGGUGUACAAGACGGACCCGGCCGGCCAUUACUGUGGCUACAGGGCAGUCGGUGUUGGUCCCAAACAGACCGAGGCCAAUAACUACAUGGAGAAGAAGAUACGCAAGAAACCACAGUGGAGCUACGUGGAGACUGUCGAGACUGCCAUCAUGUGUCUGUCCAGUGUCCUGUCUGCAGACUUCAAGUCCAGUGAGAUUGAGAUUGGUGUCGUCACUAAAGACAACACAAAGAUUCAGGUCCGUCUGUCGCUUGUUGAUUUUUUUGGUGUAAAUGAAACAAUUUUUCGUGCAGGAUUCUCUCAGUGGAGGAAAUUGAUGAGAGAUUGGCAGCUAUUGCAGAAAGGGACUAGUGUUAGCCUACACUCUAGACUGACAGUUGUUCAUUGUGUCGUGUAUUAUACCUCCUGUUACCCGAUUGCACAAUAUGUGAUUGCACGUGCACACACACUGCACAAGCAUAAUUUGUGGUGCAGCCAGAUAAUUUGCCCAAAACUCUGCUAAACACAAUGUGAAAUACGAAGCAUGCAGCAGCAGUUUGCAGCUGAGACCAUAAUAACACACAACUCAAUAACAAUUACAAUCCUCACUGAACAGAUACACUGAUUCUAAAUUUAAGACAGUCGUUCAGCAGGUAUUGUAAAUUGUCUCCUGUCUUCUCCAGGACAGCAUACAUGAUUAAGGACUCAUUGAUAUCCUUCUCAACUCUGUCCCCUUUAGUAAACUUCAGUGCUAUACAUCUUUGCAGGUGGUUAUUGUUUCCAGCCUGGUUGAGUAGCUCUAGUGUGACAAAGACCUUCACUGGCCAUGAGAGUUGGUGGUCGUUUUCUCCUUCCACUAAACAAAGAUAUGCCCCGAUAUCAUUAUACUAUCCCCAUAAUAUCUAAUAAGCAGUUUAAAGGCAUAGCCGCCAUUGUGAGAAUAAAACUUGUCACUCAAUGAGUCCACUAACCCCUUCUCUUUAGCGUUCUCUUUGUUAUAGCGAUAAUUCCUGAACUCCAAAACCUUGCAUCCAGAGCAUAAUGUAUGUGUGUCUAUGUGUUGAACACAACUCUCCACCUCUUCCUUUACUACAGCAUUAAGUGCUUUCAAUUCUUCUUGUAUCUUCCUGUCCCUCUCAGCGGAGUCUUGUUGUAGCUGUACUAUCUUCCUGUCCCUCUCCGCGGAGUCCUUCUGCAAUUGUUCCAACAUCUUUCCUCGUUCGGCGGACUCCUGCUGCAGUUGUCUGGUGAGACGGAGGUUGAGAGCAGUCAUGGCUGUCAGGUGUUGCAGCUCACUCUCUCUCAUGUGUGCCGCCAGCUCCCUGCGAGGGACCACGACACUACACCCAAACUCCUUCAUCUCGCAGGCCACGGGCUCCAGUGGACACACACUGCGAUGUUGCGCCACCCCACACCUCUCCACCCUGCCCACCUCACAACCAUUUGGACAAGGCUCAGGGAACUUAGAGCACUCUGGCCAGUGCUUUCCCUCUCCCUCAUCAUACGUACACUUGAGCCCGCAAUACUCGCACUCCCACGGCCGCUUCUCGCACGAGACCGUGUGUCGUUUCAACCCGUUCACCUCCCCC